AUGGCCUGGACAAAUUUUGGUUUUUGGGCGAGAAGCGUCCCACAUCGGAUCAGAAACAUACCAUGGCAGAGCAUUUCCAGUGAGGCAGUUGGUAGAUGCUUUCUGGUAGCUAAAUUUGCGUGCUUUAUCCAUGUUACCAACAAUUAUGUAUUUGGUGUAGCUCUGGUAAAUCACGCCUCUCUUAUUCUGCUAUAUCAUUUCCUUCAAUGCUUCCGAAUUGCCACCAACCUUAUCUUAUUUCACGUAGAUCCAUCCUGCUGCAUAGGUUUCCUGUUGGUUUCAAAGGGAUCGUGGAUGAUCUUUUCCUUGUUUGGUGUAUGAAAAGAUGGCCACACAUUUUCUUUCUCCUUUUUCAUGUGGAUACGGAAAUUUUAGACCGGUCAUUGACAUGAAUGUGAUGUUACUGUCACCAUUUCUACAUUAACUCGUCGCCCUAAAAGAUGGUGUAUCUGAAUGUAGGUGCAUGGCCCCAGCAUGCUCCCUACAUUAAAUUUAUCAGGAGAUGUGCUUUUAGUGGAUCGAGUAUCUACCCAUCUUGGGAAUGUCAGUAUUGGGGAUGUGGUUCUCAUUCAAUCGCCAGAAGACCCCAAGAAGAUUGUAACGAAACGGGUGACAGGCUUAGAGGGAGAUUCAGUCACGUUCUUAGUCAACCCUGUCCACGGGGAAAGAUCUAUGCCAAGAACCCUAGUUGUAAGUAGAACAGGGCAAACUGUGUGGUAUUUUGUUUUAUAGUUCCUGUCUUAUAAUUUAUAUAAUUUGCAGGUACCAAAGGACCAUGUUUGGGUGACAGGGGAUAACCCGCUUCUCUCAAGGGACUCACGGCACUUUGGCUCGGUGCCUUAUGCCCUCAUUAAAGGAAAGGCCUUUUGCAGAGUGAGCAUCAUCUCUGCCAUUAUAUAUUUUUGAAGACAAUAUCCUGUUCGACUAUGGUCUCAUGUAACUGAUGUCAUCAUGUCAUCUGUUGUGUUGCUUUUAGGUAUGGCCACCUGAGGGUUUUGGAUUACUAAAUAAAGGCGGGUGA